AUGGAGAAAUCACCUCCCUCUCCUCCUCUCCCAUCAUCUCGUUCCUCUUGCACUCCACCUUCCAAUCAUGCACCCCUUUCUUCUCCUAACGUGAUCCCUGUGAACAAGCCCAAGUCGAAGUCGAAGUCCAAGCCAAAACAUAAGAAAGUGCAUGUCAUCAGGCACCGAUGGACUGGGAGAUUUGAAGCUCACCUGUGGGACAAGAAUUGGCAGCACCCUGUCCAAAACAAGAGAGGCAGACAAGUUUACUUGGGAGCCUAUGAUGCUGAGGCUGACGCUGCUCGAGCUCAUGACCGAGCUGCCCUUAAGUUCUGCGGGCCGGAAGCAAUCUUAAAUUUUCCUGUGGAAACGUAUAGAGAAGAAUCUGAGGAGAUGCAAGCCAUGUCCAAGGAAGAGUUGGUGGCUUCUCUUCGGCGCAGGAGCGACGGCUUCGCGAGGGGUGUCUCUAAAUACCGUGGGGUGGCCAGGCAUCAUCACAACGGCCGGUGGGAGGCCAGGCUCGGCCUGGUACUUGGCUACAAAUACCUGUACUUGGGAACCUACGAGACUCAAGAGGAGGCUGCCCAGGCUUAUGAUCUGGCUGCUCUGCAAUUCAAAGGCCCAGAUGCGGUGACCAACUUUGAUAGCUGUUUAUACGUGAACUACCCUCGACCAUGCGUAAAGCUACCACCAAGGCCUCAGAUCAGCCCACCCCAGGAGCCCAGGGUUGGGCCUAUGGAACCAAGGGAGUCCAUUGAUCAGACGGUCCCAAGUGAAGACAUCUGGGAUGCCAUCACAUGGAGCACCAUUGGCAUGGACAUCUCCAACCACGUCGGCUUUGAGGGUGACAUUGAGCAGCUCUUUGAAGGGUUUGAGACCUUCAGCUCCGGUGCCAGCGAGGGUUCCUUGGAAGGAGAGAUAGGGCAAGACUUCUUUGAGUCAGGAGAGAUGGAAAUGCAGGGUAGGAGGGAUGAUAGGAACCAUAAUUCCCACAAUUUUGAUACUUAUUAA